AUGUUGAGAAAUCGACCGGCAUACUGGUGGAUUCAUCGUCUCAUGAAAGAGCUCAACACUGAUAUUGCUUGUUUCCGUCUUGUUCGAAAUUCCCACGUGAUUGCGGUGACUUCACCGGAAAUUGCCAGGGAAUUUUUAAAGAAACAUGACGCGGUGUUUGCAUUGAGACCCGAUACAAUGGCGACUUGCAUUGUCAGUAAAGGAUACCUCACAACGGCCUUGUGUCCAGGGGGAGAGCAGUGGAAGAAAAUGAGAAGAAUCUUGGCCUCUCAGGUCCUGAGCCUGUCCACAAUGCGCUGGCUACUUGACAUGAGAAACCAAGAAUCUGAUAAUCUUGUUCGCUACCUUUAUAAUCAAUGCUCUAAGAAUUUGAAAG